AUGCACCUCCUCUCACUAAAAGUGCACCUCUCAAACAUUCGAGGUCUGCACUCCAAUCUCGCUGCGGUCCAUCACCAUCUUGAGACUGAUAAGCCCCACCUGCUCUGUCUAACUGAGACCCAAAUCAGGUGCCCUGCGGAUGCGGCGUAUCUACAUUACCCAGGGUAUACCCUGGAGCACACUUUUAAACCCCGCGCUGGUGUUUGUAUAUACGCCCGCGACAACAUCUGCUGUCGUCGUCUUCGUAACCUUGAGGCGUCUAACUUCUCUACCUUAUGGUUGCUGGUGGACUUGGGCGUGCAGCAAAUUGUGUACGCCUUAAUAUAUCGAUCGCACAGUGGUGACCUGGAGACAACCAGGCUGUUCCAACAUCUCACGGAGGCGGCGGAAGUUGCACAGCAACGAUACCCGCGAGCACAGUUGGUUUUUCUGGGGGACUUCAAUGCCCACCAUGAGGAGUGGUUGUGCCCAUACCAGUUUACUGACCAUGCUGGGAGAGAGGCCCGCAAGUUUGCAUUAUCUCUCGAUCUCACCCAACUGGUCGACCAGCCAACUCGUGUUCCGGACGUUGCUGGCCACACACCCAAUUGCUUGGACCUUCUGCUGACAACAGACCCAGACAGGUACAAUGUGUCUGUGUCAUCCCCCUUGGGAACCUCUGACCACUGUCUGGUGAAAUCUGUGUCGUUCCAUUCCCCGCAGGAUCGUAGCCCUAGAGGCUCACGCCGAGUGUGGCGAUACAAGUCAGCAGACUGGGAUGAGAUGCGGCACUUCUUUGCGUCUUAUCCUUGGCAGCAAACCUGUUUCAUCAGUGAUGAUCCGUCGAUCUGUGCGAAUGCUAUCACCGAUGUGUUGCGUCUGGGCAUGGAAUACUAUAUUCCCUACUCAGACGUAGCAACCGGAGGCACAGCUCGUCCAUGGUUCAACGCCGAGUGUGACCGGGCAGAAGCCCUUAAGCACGCGGCUUAUUUAUCGUGGGCUGAUGCUCGUAGUCGUAAAGAUCCGGAUGUACAGGCAAAGAAGCAGUCGUUCAAUAGAGCAGCUAAGUCUUGCAAGAAGGUUAUACGGAAAGCCCGAUUUCUUCACGUUCGCCGUGUAGGCGCCAAGCUAGCCUCUUACCCGUCAGGGAGUAAGGCGUUUUGGUCGCUGGCAAAAAAAUUCGCGUCUGGACGCUGGCGUCGCUAA